UGCAGGUGCCAGGCAGGUGGCUCCGGCCAGCCCGGCCCCAGCAUGAGUUCCUUCGACCUGCCGGCACCCUCGCCACCCCGCUGCAGCCCCCAGUUCCCCAGCAUUGGCCAGGAGCCCCCGGAGAUGAAUCUCUACUAUGAGAACUUCUUCCACCCACAGGGUGUGCCCAGCCCUCAGAGGCCCUCCUUUGAGGGGGGCAGCGAGUAUGGGGCCACCCCCAACCCAUACCUCUGGUUCAAUGGGCCCACCAUGACCCCGCAGCCCUACCUGCCCGGCCCGAAUGCCAGCCCCUUCCUACCCCAGGCCUAUGGCAUGCAGAGGCCACUGCUGCCCAGCGUGUCAGGGCUUGGGGGGAGUGACCUGGGCUGGCUGCCCAUCCCCUCGCAGGAGGAGCUGAUGAAGCUAGUGCGGCCCCCCUACUCAUACUCGGCUCUCAUUGCCAUGGCCAUCCAUGGGGCACCCGACAAACGCCUCACCCUCAGCCAGAUCUACCAGUACGUGGCCGACAACUUCCCCUUCUACAACAAGAGCAAAGCCGGCUGGCAGAACUCCAUCCGCCACAACCUGUCACUCAAUGAUUGCUUCAAGAAGGUGCCCCGGGACGAGGACGACCCGGGCAAAGGGAAUUACUGGACCCUGGACCCCAACUGUGAGAAGAUGUUUGACAAUGGAAAUUUCCGCAGGAAAAGGAAGAGAAAAUCAGAUGUUUCCUCCAGCACAGGCUCCCUGGCCUUAGAGAAGACAGAGAGCAGUCUCCUGGUGGGCAACCCCAAGACCACGGAGUCUCAGGACAUCUUGGAUGGAGCGUCACCAGGGGACACCACCAGCUCCCCGGAGAAGCGGCCUUCCCCUCCCCCAUCGGAUGCCCCUUGCCUCAACAGCUUCCUUUCCUCUAUGACAACCUAUGUGAGCGGAGGGAGCCCCACCAGCCGCCCCUUGGCCACACCAGGACUGAAUCCAGAGCCCAGUGACAAGACAGGGCAGAACUCGCUGAGCUUCAACUCCUUCUCCCCGCUCACCAACCUCAGCAGCCACGGCGGUGGGGGCGACUGGGCCAACCCCAUGCCCACCAACACACUCAGCUACGGUGGACCUGUGCUCAGCCAGUUCAGCCCUCAUUUCUACAACAGCGUCAACACCAGUGGCGUUCUCUACCCCAGGGAGGGCAGCGAGGUCUAGGUACAGAACAGCUCCUGAGCCAGAUGGACAUGCCAGAGAGAAAAGCAUUGGAGGUCCUCCAUGCCAGCCCCACGGUGGUCCGUGACUGUGGAACUGCCCAGCCAUAAGCAGGAGCCUCCAAGGAAUCCACCCUCUUUCAAGAACAGUGGUGAAGACUUCUGUUUAUCACACAUAGGUCCACACACAAACUCACCAACUUUGCAAUGGAGAUACUGGUGACUGGAGAACAGCAAUAAUAGUGGCCAGGUAUCGAGCACUUCCUAUGUGCCAGGUGCUGUACUAGGCUCUGUACUGGCCUCACUGUACUAUUUAAAUUCACCACGUAAGGUUCACUAACCUCCCCAUUUAGCAGAUGAGGAAACUGAGGCUCAAGGGGGUUAAGUAACAUUUCCAGGGUUAUAUAAACUAGCAAAUGGCAGAGCUAAGAGUCAAAUCCAGGUCUAUGUGAUCCUCAGAGACUGGAGGCCACGAUGGAGAAUUGGUUGAGUAGCCAAGAAAGGUCAGUGAGAAAAGCUUGCUAUGGCAAAUAUAGCAAAAUCUCUCCACUGCCUUCUGUCCACCAAAAUUUAGUGCCAGCCCAGUCACAUCUUGUCCUGGUCUAAGACCUUAUUCUACUUGCCCCAGCUAAACCUGCAGACACUCCUUUUGCUACCACACAAGGAAGGAAGUCACCAUUAGCCUCAGCCCAGAAAACUCAGCCCUAGUGGCUCCGCAGAACAAUGCAUCCAACAUGUAUGUGUAAUGCAUCCCCAUGGAGAGACACCAUUGCUUCCCAGCACCCCCAGAAGCCUUGGGCAGAUCCAGCAGUUAGUGAGAGGGGUGGUGUGUACCCCUAAAUCCUUCCAUCCCAGCACUGCCCAACAGUAAAAUUUUGUAAAGCCCAAUUUCCUGUGUGCACGUCAUGGACCAGUGAGCUGGAGAUGGCUGUCUUCCAAGAGAAACAAGGCUGGAUAAGCACUUCCUUUUUUCUAGCCCAGGGGAGGUGGAUGUUUGUCUGAAGAAACAAUGGCCUCAAGGGAGGGGCCUUGGGCCUACCCUCACAGGGGGUGCCUGCGUGAUCUCCUGGGAUUUCUCCUUGUUUUUGUGAGUACUUUAUAUGCUGGUGAUGUUUCAUCACAGCACACCCUGGAAAGUGUUGUUUGUUUUCUUAUUUUCUUUUUAAUUAAAAAAAAAAGUG